UGAGUGGGGUGGGCGGAAAACGCGCAAGUCUGCGGAGGGACACGGGCAGAAAGGGGAUUCCUUCCCCCCCAUUCUCCCCGCGGUGGCAGCUGAAGGAACGCAGCGAGCGGGGUGGAAGUGCUGCCUGCGCCGCCGCCGGUCCUGGGUGCUCGAGCAGGAGCUCUCGGGGUGGGGCUGCUGCCGUCGAGUGGCACCUACGGAGCGGCCCGCCUCGGAGGCGGUGGCGGGAAGCCGCAGGGAGGCCGGCUGCGGCGGGCCGAGCAUGUCCUGUGCUUCAGAUAAGGAACACAAUGGUUCUGUUGCUAUGGACACAGAGGAGUUCGGGGAAGGACCUGGACAGGUCACCAUGGUACAGGAAGAUGCAACGCCUGGUACUGGAGACAAGGAGAAAACGUGUAAGAGAGCAAUGGGAGAGCUACCUGAGGAGGUGCUGGAGUAUAUCCUGUCCUUCCUGUCUCCCUACCAGGAGCACAAGACUGCUGCCCUAGUGUGUAAAAAGUGGUAUCGACUUAUUAAAGGUGUGGCACACCAGUGUUACCAUGGUUUUCUGAAGGCCAUACAGGAGGGUAAUAUCCAGUGGGAGAGCCGUACAUACCCUUACCCUGGCACUCCCAUUACACAGCGCUUCUCACAUAGUGCAUGUUAUUACGACCUAAACCAGUCAAUGUAUGUGUUUGGAGGCUGCACCCAGAGCAGCUGCAAUGCUGCCUUCAAUGACCUUUGGAGGCUUGACCUCAACAGCAAAGAGUGGAUCCGACCACUUGCAUCAGGCUCUUACCCCUCACCAAAGGCAGGGGCAACACUUGUUGUGUACCAGGACCUGUUGGUCCUUUUUGGGGGUUGGACCCGUCCCAGCCCGUACCCCCUACACCAGCCAGAAAGGUUCUUUGAUGAGAUCCACACAUACUCUCCAUCCAAGAACUGGUGGAACUGCAUAGUAACCACCCAUGGACCUCCACCUAUGGCGGGGCAUUCCUCCUCUGUUAUAGGCAGCAACAUGAUAGUGUUUGGAGGUUCCCUUGGUGCACGGCAAAUGAGUAAUGAGGUGUGGGUUCUGGAUCUGGAGCAGUGGUCUUGGUUCAAACCACCUAUAUUCGGAUCUUCCCCACAUCCCCGAGGGGGCCAGUCACAGAUCGUGAUUGAUGACGAAACGCUGUUGAUUCUGGGAGGCUGCGGAGGUCCUAAUGCUCUGCUAAAGGAUGCCUGGCUUCUGCACAUGAGGUCAUCCCCCUGGUCCUGGCAGCAGUUGCGGGUGGAGAAUGAAGAUCAUGGUGCCCCGGAGCUGUGGUGCCACCCAGCCUGCAGGGUGGGCCAGUGUGUGGUGGUCUUCUCCCAGGCACCAUCAGGCCGUGCCCCUCUCAGCCCUAGUCUCAAUUCCCGCCCCUCCCCAAUCAGUGCUACACCUCCAGUGCUACCCCCAGACCCACCAUCCCUGCGGUCCCAGUCCCCAGUGCGGGGUGGGGCUGGGGGCAUGGUUCUAGGUGCUGCUGAGGAGAUGCCCUGUGUCAAUGGCCGUUGGGGGACGCUGAGGCCUCGGCCAUCUCCCAGGGGGGGCACCAGAGAUGGGAGCCCCUCCUCCUCACAACAGUUGUCACCGUGUCGGGGCUCAGACAGCCCACCCCUGCCUUCCUUGCUCAACGGUUCCUCUUCUUCAUCGCGUACAAGCCCUGCUCAAGCUGCCUCACCUCCACCUCGGCUGCACACCCGAGGUCCCUCUGAUCAGGGCUGGGACUCCCCUACCUCUUCCACAGCUGCCUUGAGUUUUGCCCCUGAGCAGGCCAGUUCAAACGGUGUCCACACCCCACCUGGAUCUCCCCACACUCCUCCUGGGGGCGUGUCACCUGGGGCACUGCGCCGAGGACUAGAAGCAGUGAAAGCUCUCUCUUCAACAUUGUCAUCGCCGGCAUCGUCUGCCAUGCAGUCUCAAACGGCUGGAGGUACUGGAACAGGAGGGUCAUCGGGUACUUCCUCGUCUUCAAGCAGCCCGCCCCAAGCUGUCGGGCUCGAUGGACACUCAAUCCCUCCCAUUGCUCGGCGCCUGGGCCACCACCCACCCCAGAGUCUUAAUGUUGGCAAGCCCCUUUACCAGUCGCUCAACUGCAAGCCCAUGCAGAUGUAUGUGCUGGAUGUGUCUCGGGCCCACAAAGAUGGUGUUGUUUCCUGGAAGGUGUUUGGGAGUGGAGGAGGGGUCGUGGGCAGCAGUGGACCAGUGCUGGGGCCCCCUGAGACCAGCCUCCACACUGUGGUCCAAGGCCGAGGGGAGCUGAUUAUCUUCGGUGGCUUGAUGGACAAGAAGCAGAAUGUUAAGUACUACCCCAAAACCAACGCCUUGUAUUUUGUGCGUGCAAAGAGAUAAUGAGCGAGUGAUGAGAAGGAGACACGGUACGGGGAAAACACUGAUGGGGAGAGCAGAGAGCUGUGCACAAGGUGGGCACCAACGCUUCCAGAUGGAAGGCUGUUUGGCGAUGGAGGGAACAUAUGGGAUGGUUUCUAGCUCAGUUCUUGCUUGCCUUUUACCUUACGCAAAUUCUGUUCAGUGAAAAAAGAAAAGAGUGGAAUGAACUGCCUGGCCAUGGUCAUGGUCGCAUCAGAAAGUGGUUGAACGUUCUGUUCGCUGUCCCCAGAGGUAGAAUGACAAAUGGAGGAUGGGCCUGUCCAUCCUGAUGUCUUUCUCUGUCAGAAAGAAGACAACACACGAUCCAGGUCUUCUCCUAUUGUUCUGCAGCUGGAGCAAUAAGAUGACAAGAGUGCUGCCCAGUUUUGUCUUUCCUGUUAAUGGAGGAAACCUUUUAAAGUGCAUUGUUUACAGUGAUCUCUGUGUGUGUGCGUGUGCGUGUGUGUGUGUGUGUGUGUGUGUGUGUGUGUGUGUGUGUGUGUGUGUGUGUGUACAAGAAGGCUGGCCUUGGUAUGACUAAUGAAUGGAGCAAGAGACGGUGGUCAGGAAACAAUACAUGUGGCUCUGUAAAGAUAAAUAUGAAUGUUGCUCUUGAAAGAAUAAAAAAAGGAAGUGGAGCUUGAGUUGCCAAGUACUUGUGUGGCGGAUGUAUGUACUGUAACCUAUAACUCUUAUGUAUAGCAUACAUGUGUUUGUUUUAACACAAGUCUACGAUCUCAUUUAUUUAGGAACACGCCCAAGGUUUUCUAUGCAAACAGAUGAAGUCGUAGAUUUCUUUCCUAUCACUGAAGUGCUGAAAAAGAGAUAUUUUUAGGUUU